AUGAUUCCUCAGCGCAGUGCCCUUCGCCUUGCCCAGCGUUCCGCUCCGGUUCGCUCUGCCCUUCAGCGCCGUUUCAACAGCGCGCAGUCCAAGAUCCCGUCCUGGGCUGUCGACAACGAGUUCAACCGCGAGAGAGCCGCUGUUAAGCACCACGCCGCCUCGACUAGCAGUCUUUGGCUCAAGCUCUCCAUCUUUGCCGUUAUCCCCACUUUGAUUGGCGGUGGCUGGAACGCUUACAGCCAGUGGAACGAGCACUGGGAGCACUGGGAGCACAUGCCCCCGCUCGAGGAGCGCACUGAGUACCCCUACCAGAACAUCCGCUCCAAGAACUUCCCCUGGGGGGAUGGUGACAAGCUGGAACAGCAGCGUCAACUACCACAACAAGGACAAGGCUACCUAGAUAGCACCAUACUUACAUCGUCUAUACCUCCGUCAAUGGCGCCCCGUCCAGACGUCUUGAUCAUCGGCGCCGGCCCGUCUGGUCUUGUCACAGCCUUGUGGUUAGUUAAGCAAGGCAUAUCCAUCCGUAUUAUCGAUAAAGCAGAGGCCGAUGUAACUACCUCUCGGGCGUUGGCCAUCCAGGCACGAACCCUGGAACUAUAUCGCCAGCUCGAAAUCGCGGAAGAUGUCGUCUCAAACGGGCACAAGAUUGCAGCCACAAACGUCUGGUCUGAGGGCACUCACCGGGGCCGGAUACCCAUUGGCGAUAUCGGUACUGGGUUGACGCCAUAUCCCUUCAUCCACAUUUUCUCUCAGGACCAGCACGAAAAACUCUUGGAAGAACGACUCAACUCGCUCGGUGUCCAAGUCGAACGACACCGAGAGCUUAUAGACUUCACGGAAAACGAAUCAUCGAUCACUGCUCGGUUGAAGACCACGGAUCCUAAUGCUAAUGGGGGUGACAAUGUUGAAACCUGCGAAGCAACCUUUAUUGUUGGCUGUGACGGAGCCCGUUCGGCUGUUCGCCAUAUCUCCGGAGUUCAAUACGACGGCGCAACGUACUCACAUAUCUUCUUUGUCGCUGAUUUCGAGGGAAGCGGGCCAUCACUGAAUGGUGAAGCACAUGUUACCUUCAACCAGUCUGAGUUUAUGCUGCUGUUUCCAUAUGAUGACAGCAGCCGAGGCCGCAUUUCUGGGGCCAUUGAUGAUGAAACUGCGGAGAAAGGCACCGAUAUCACCUUCGAUGAUGUUGCUCCAAGGAUGGAAGAAACGCUGAAGCUGAAAAUCGACAAGCUGAACUGGUUUUCGAUUUAUCGAAGCCAUCACCGUCUAGCAUCUGCCUUCCGCAAAGGCAGGGCGUUCUUGGUUGGCGACGCGGCACAUAUUCACAGUCCUGUCGGGGGACAGGGAAUGAAUACCGGUAUUGGAGAUGCAAUCAACCUGGCAUGGAAGCUGGCAGCGGUCAUCAAAGGACAAGCCGGUUUAUCGUUACUCGACAGCUAUGAGACAGAACGUCGCGCGUUUGCGAACCAACUAGUCAACACAACUGACAGCGGUUUCAAUGCCGUUAUUUCGCAGAGCUACUUCGCGCGGACCCUGCGAACAUACGUCCUGCCUUAUGUUGCACCAUUGCUUGCCAAAAUUGACUAUGUCAGACACAAUGUGUUCCGGAAGGUUUCUCAGAUCAUGCUAGAUUAUAGACAGAGUAUGCUGUCAGCCGGUGUUGCAGGCUAUGUCCACGGCGGAGAUCGUAUGCCGUGGGCCCGUGUAGGAGACCUUGACAACUUUGAGAGCCUGAAAUCAAUUACCUGGCAAGUCCAUGUUUAUGGAGAGCCCAAGCUGGAAUUGACACAAUGGUGCCAGGACAAGAAUAUCCCUUUACAUGCUUUCCCCUGGGACGGGCAGUAUCAAACAGCCGGGCUGCAAGCUGAUGCAGCGUACCUGAUCCGCCCGGACACUUAUGUGGCAGUUGCAGAGCCGUCGGGAUCGUCUCAGAGAUUUGACCAGUACUUCGAAGACAUCGAACUGCAAUGGCUUUAA